UUGGAGCUGCCGGAAGCGGAUCUUGAGAAAGAAGCGGGUAUUUAUAAUCUUGAGGAACGUGAUAAAGAGCUGGGAAAAGAGUCAGGAGAGUAUAAAGAAGAUGAAAAUACGAGUAACUAA